AUGAGUUCAAAGAAAGAGAAGUUUACAAUUCAACUUACAAUUAAUAAAAUAACAUCUACAAAUGAAACAGAGGAAUUUGUACUUAUUAAAUGGAAAACUGGGAAAAAUAAGAAAGGGAUAAUAAAAGAUAUUCAGAUGAAUCGAAAUAUAAGGAAAGACAUAUCAUUAACGAUGACACUAAAAAAAGUGUCUGAAAGUAGAUAUCAAACAAAAGAUAUUUGUCUUAAAAUUAAAAAAGAAAAAAAAGUAUUGGUUCAAUUUAAAAUAGAUAUUUCACAAGUUUUUAGACUUAAAAAUCAAAUUGGAGGAUUUGAGACAAAAGAAAAAAAUAAAAAAGGAGAAGAAUAUAUUAUUUCAUAUAUCAUUUCUAUUCAAAUAAUAAAUCCAAAUAGUAAUAUUUCAAAAGGUACUAAUAGUGUUAUUACAAAAAUUGAUGAAAAAGAAGAUGAAAAGAAUUUUAUAUUAUCAAGUGAUAACACUCAAAACACUUCAAAAAUUAAAACAUCUACUUCUAUUAAAAAACCAGUUAGAAACACUUUUGAUGCAGAAAAAAUUAAAGUUUCAAGAAAAAGAUAUUCAAUGAAAGAUAUUAAUAUUGAACAACAAAUAGGAAGUAGAAAGUCAUGUUUAAUAGCUAAACCAUUUUAUCUAAUUGAUGAAGAAACUAUAAAAAUUAUUAAUGAAAUUACUUCAAUGGAUAAUUAUCGUGAAUUUAUGUUUAAAACAUCUAAAGAAUUUGCAGAUCAUUUUAUAACUAGUACUGAACAAAGUAAAAUAGUAUUUGAAAUAAAAGAAGAAUUAAGUAAAUUUACAUUAUUAUCUUGUGUAUUAUUCUCUCUUAUUAUACAAAAGAAUAAUGAUAUAUUAUUUAAAGAAUGUAUUAAUCAAUUUCUAAAUAAUGAUUAUUCUUUCUUAGAAACUGAAUAUAUCUUUAUUUCAUUCUUUGAAACUAUAAUACUUCUUAAUGCAAAAAAUAAGUCUAAAAGAGUAGAAAUAUGGAGAGAAUGUACUGAAUUUUGUACUUCUAAAACUUGUCUUAUUGCAGAUAAAUUAAUGGAUAAAUUAAUUAAAUCUUACCAAUUUGAACCAAAAUCAAAUUAUAAAGAAAUUAUGGAUGAAAUUUAUAAACUAAGAUUUCCUGAUUCAUUAAAAAAUUUAUUAGAACAUAUUUCAUUGUAUGCAUUAGAUGUAAAAUUAUAUAAAUCAUAUUUAAAUAAAUUAUAUUUGUCUAAUAAUGAUGGUAAUAUUUUAUUAUCAACUAUUUUUUCUUAUGAUUAUUCAUUUCAACAAAUGCCUUUAUGUCUUGAAUUAUCUAAACUUUUAAUGUUAGAUGAUCCUCAAACACUUAAAGAUGAAGAUAUUAGACUUAGAUUAUGUCCUCAUAUUUCAUUAGAUGAUAUUAAAACAUUUUUAUAUCUUAAUAUCUCACCUCAAAGACCUUUAUUUACUAAAUCUUCUAUUGAUACAGUAAUAAGAGAAAUACAACAACAAAGAUUUCUUAGUUAUUCAUUAAUUCCACCUUUCUUUAAACAAGAACAAAUAAAAGAAUAUUUAAAAACAUCUUCAAUUAAAGGUGUUUUAACAUUCUCAUUUAAAUCAACACCUUUUGCUGAUAAACUAUAUCUAUAG